AAGCGAAACAGUGAGUUUCCUUUGUUUUUCUUUCCUACCCAAUGCUUAUUUUCCCACUUUAUUUUACGCAGCUGGUGCCUUUGCCGCAGUGUCCGUGGCCACAAAUCUGGGAUCUGACAGGUUUGGCCUAUGCUCUAGACAUGUGUGCAUGCAUGUGUGUGUGUCUGUGUAAGUGAAUUGCUUCCACUUUUACGGCGAUCCAUUUUCUUGCUCUUCCAAUUCCGGACCAACGGGAAGUGCGAACAGAUGAGCCGUUGUCCAACAUGGUCCGGAACGGAUGGCUAAACUCUAUUUUCAUCAAUUUCAAGCUUCGUUUAUUAGAUGAUAAGCAGUUUGCAAAUGUUAUCUAGAGACGCGUGUCCGCUCACACCAUCUUUCGCCGGGGAGAUAAUAUUCCAAACCAAACGCUUAUGAGAUCAUACAACUGAUCGUGUGGAGAAGACACUUUCGUAGCUUAAGCAAAGUAAAAUAGAACACAGAAAGGAAUACUUUGUCUGUUAAAGAAAGAACCAUAUGUCCGGUGUGUUGUUUGUUGCCGUACGUGUGGCAGGAAAUGUGUUUCCUUCUCAAGCAUCACCGGCCGGCCGCUUGCCCAUUGGACCCAAAACCGUGGCCCAAAGUGGCUUGACAUUUGAUCGCGUGUCUGCCCUUACGGAUUGCAGGAGGAGCAAAGACGAUGUAUCUUUUUUUGUUGUGUUGUUGUUCCAACGGAAAAUAUACCUAGGCAAGUGAGUUGUUUGAAAAGCAAAUACAGCUUUAGCGGUUCUGAUUAUUUAUAGGCAUGCAGACGACCUAAUGCACUUAACCAUUGAAUGCACGUAAAGUGAGAACAGCGCUGCAUUUGCACACAAGCACAAUGUGUAGUGCAUCUUCCGGAAAUGCAUGAAUGCACCGAAAUGCAAAGCUGUUUGCUGCAGAACACGCAUACAAAGGGAGAGUAACGUCUUUGGAUGGGGUCUGAAUUUUAAUGCUGGAAGGCUGGUGGGCCAGUUAACAUGAACUUAAUCUAAACGCAGUGGGUGAUGCUCGAGAACUUCACUUGCGUCAGAAAUUUGCUCUUUGCGAAUGAAGCGGGGGGGGAAAUUAAACAUGAAUCAUAAUCAUUUACAGUUUUUUUUAUUUCAAAUAUUGCAAGGAAACUCCUUCCCAUGGGGUGACAGACACGUGUCUGUUGCGUGGUGGUCCAGAAUUAGCCAAACCAAGUUAAUUUUAUUCUGCGAACUUAAAGUUGAUUCAUUCAGUGCGCUUUGCCGCCUUAAAUAAUAACGACGCAUGAUUCAUACAUUCUUCAACAUAGUCAAUCUACUACAGGAUUUAAGGGUGCAGCUUCUACUCUCCACGGAUUACCAAUUUUUAGACAACCCGUCGAGAGACAAAUUUGGCUUUAUUGCAUCCCCCCCCCCCCCCCACAAAUGAAGAACUUCCUUUGGUAUAUGAGAGGAAGCUCAAGAAUUUUUCAGCUCUUGCGUGACACGCUACAUGCGAAUUUGUUGCGCUCUCAACCGCCCUUGUGCACAGUACUCAGUGGACCGAUACAUAGACGCGUCAUUGUUCAAGUCCAAUAAAAUACAAUCAACUCCCUAGAAGCCGUGAGGGAGAUGAGCAAUUUUCAUCAAUUGUCCUACCAUAAACGUUGUUACGCAUACGGUGACGGCUAGCGGCUGCCUUAACUGGCCUGCCAGAAUGUUUGUCCCGAUAAAAUUAGCAAAACCUAAAAGUUGUACGCUGUGCAACAAUAAUAGUGAUCCUAAUUUUCAGCACUGUCGAUAUUGUCUGUUUUUGGGAAAUUGGUUCGUUCCAGAUGUUGGAAGGUGCAGCAAUCAUCCUGCGGGAAAUUGCCACAACAAGGUGCGGUCGUCGAUAGGUAAUGAUUCUUGGCAAAUUUAGAGCGAAACAGAUGUGCCACAACAGGCACAUUCCCAUCUCUGGGCAAGCGUGAAACGGUGGAUUCGUAAGUGAAUGAGCAAAUAGUUUCGCUACAAACUUUUGCAAGCUACCGAUGAUCUCAAGCACUACUUUACUCCGAACGAUCAACCUUCCGAUUGGCAAUAUAUAAAAAAAAACUCCACAUCGUUCAGCACACAUCUGUUAGCGAUGAGUUUGACAAACGAGUUGUUAGUGCUUUUAGGCCCGGAUCAGAAAGAAAUGACGUAAGCGAAUAGCUGUGUGGCGAGUGCUCACGUCAUCGUGGCUGCUGGUUCUUGUACGAUGGAGCAUUAGAUCACUGGACACAACCACAUCCAGUGCACUCCGAUUGGUUUAGUAUUUGCACAAAAUGAUCGUGCAAAUUAUUGCUUUUUAUUCGUUUUUUAUCGAACGAGAAAAUUUAUCGACUAACCCACAGACCACAGACGAACGAAUCGAGUUAAGUGUGGCGCCGAAUGUUUAUACUUCUUCGCGAUCGACACGUUCACCUUGAGAAGGAGAUGUCGACUAGCUUCAAGUCAUUGCAAUGGUGUUCCACGCAGCUGCUCGGUCUACUAUCGAUCACGUUUUAGUUUGCUGCCGGUGUGUUGGUGGUCAAAGCGCGCGAUCAAUCGUGAACGUGAUUCAAACGUCCACCCGUACCAAUGACAGUUAAGAUGAUGAGGCGGCCACAUUGUAUAUCUUUUUUUUUUGUUAUUCGGUAUUUGUCCCGACGCAUUCCAAGCACGCCCGCCCGUACGGUUUGUCGUGCACAUUUGCGUGUAUGCCUUAACACAACCGUCACAAUCGCCGCUGAUAGAAAUGGUUGUAACACAGCUGUGCCGUACAGGGUGCAGUUGUCGCACCCUGUUUCAGGGUGCAUCGCAUGCACGUCACGGUGGUGCACGGAUUGUACAGCAUCUUUCUCUCUCUUUCUCUCUUGCAAUCUCGCAAUGUUGUGCUUCGGAGUUCGAACGAUAUCACCCAUUGAUCGGGGUGGGCGAAUGGACCGAAUGUGGAUGGGACAAUAAUGGCAGUGGUCACACUACGGCAGCUGCACUUUGUUCCUGAAUUAGGGGUGUAUCGUUUGUUGAAACUGCGAGGAAACAUAUAGGGAAGACCUGGUUGGACUAAUUGUAUUUGAAUUUUUGGUCAUGGUUUUGCAAGCCUUGUAAAUCAGCACAUCAUUGUUCCGAUCGUAAAGAAUUGAUACAUUCAGAAUUGAUUUCAUGGUCCUGAAAAUGGGUUUAAAUGAUAAAUUGUAACAAUUGUAGUAUGUACAGUUACUUCAUUCUUACAUACAUUUGUAAAUACAGUAGAACUUCGUUUAUCCGGGGUGCUCGGGACCGGACUGAUGCCGGUUUAUCGAUUUCCACGGAUAAUAGCCCCUUAAAUAUCAAGGUCUUUUAUGUAUCUAGAAAAAGCGUAUAUAUGUAGUAUCUAUAUACUAUACUAUGGUAGUCCUUUUGAUGCUAAAAAUGGCUCUGGAUCAAGCAAAUUAUUAUCAAAUAACAAUUAAGAUUUAGAACGUAAAAUAAAAUCAUUUCAAACACAGUGGAGCGCCGAUUAUACGGGUACCUUUUAUCCGGCUGCCCCAUUAUCCGUGCAGCUCGGAAGUGACAGUUCGCAAGGCGAAUUGAAAUAUUAAAUCCAAAACCUAUGAUGGUAAGAAAUAAAAGAUUCAAAAGGGAAUGAUAUAAUUUGCUCAAAUUCGAAAUAAAAGAACAGAUUUACUUUGCAAAGUGUAAAUAAGGAAAUUAACAUCUAGCUUUAUAAAAGUGUCUACCCAUUACACACUAAACACAACUAUUUAUCAAUAAAAAGAGUUUGUGCAUAUUAUCCGUGAUAUUCGCUUAUCCGGUAAGGGCUGAGUCCUGAUGAGCACGGCUAAUCGGCGCUCCACUGUAUAUCGUUUGGUGACAAUUUUAAUCAUUUUAACCAACCUGACAUUAGUACAAAUGUUGUUCACCACGGUUAAAGAGCUUUCAAUUUUCGGCGCACGGUUAAUCCGCUCCCGGAUAAUCGACGUUCGACGGCUCGACGGAUGAACUCAAAUAGUUGACAUUCGUUACGAACGUUUAUGGAACGAACGUUUGAAAUGAACUGCUGAAUAUCUUGAACUAUAAUGAAUAAUCGUUAGGUAUUACUUUGUAAAGAGAGUUGAAAUUUGGUAAGGGCACCUUAAGAGCUUUUAUUUCUAUCAUGCUCUCUUAUUAACAAGAAUGCCCUAUAUUCUCGGCCUUCGGGAAUGGUUUCUGGUAUCAGUUUGGCAUAAUCUAAACGCUGCUUGAAAUCAUAUAAUUUCCUGUUCAUUUGCGUAUCAUUUGGAUUUUUUUUAUUCUUUUUUUCUAUCAAAAAUAAAUUGAAAAAAACCCAUACAAAUCAAUAAAAAGACAAACAGAAAAACCAGUUCUCCUUGCGAUCGACCUUUUUUUUGUGAACAAACUGGACUAUUGUUCUGCUGUUGUUACUGUUGGUAUGUAUUCGUUUUCAGCCUUCACGAUCACUGCUGAACGCGCAUAUGCUCUUAACAUGCGCGAUCGAACGUGACAAUUUUGUUCAGACCCCGGCCCCAAACCAUCAUCCAGCCGGGCCGCUUGCCCGGAGCUGAUGGGUCUUAUGUCAACGUGGAUGACGAUGAUGUUGAUGAUGAUGAGGGGUUUUGUGUUUGGAAUUUUUAUCGGUGAAUAUUUAACAUUCCAACUGUCACAUUCGAUCCGGUAACGGACCGGUGCUGGUGUUCAUUUUAGGCAGCAGCUACAUGUUCAUCCGUAUUCAUAUUCAUUAACGAAUCGUACAACGUAUUUGGAAUGGAAGUUCCGCGUUCGUGUGUCUAUUGGUGCUUUCGCUUUCGCUCGGAAGACGCUUGGUUGUUGGCUGAUUAGCGACAGUGGUUAAUUUGCAUUUGCAGUGAAAAUCAAAAUCCAUACGAUGGAUAUCUGUUCGCUUUCUCCUCGUCGUCGAAUCAAUCGAAAGGGCUUUAAAAUUAUGAAAUAUCUUAACUUUAGUUUGAAGUUAAAUAUUUCACGUAAAAUUGGAACGGAAAGAUAGAUAAAAUAAGGUCAGCACAGUAUGACGAGACACGGGGCUGGGUGAGGUUGUAAUCAAGCAAAAGGGUAACCAAGCAGACCGGUACCAGUUCGUACAGAAAUGGAAAAGUUGAAGCCAACCAGAUCGUCAUGAAACUGAAAGCUGUUCAACAAGUUUGAUCCUGCAGCCGAUGUAAGCAAUGCUACGAUCACGCACACCCCAGUCGUACACGUUUGGAGCGAUCUUGGAGUUCGGAACUGGGAAGCGUGAUGAGUGUAUACUUCGGGUUAUAUGCGAUCCUGCGGUAUCCCCAUGCUACCUUACGCAAUUGGGAAAAUAAUUAUACUAAUCAUAAGUGCCAUACCGCCAGGCCUAAGAGUUUACCGCUAGUCAUCAAAGAAGGAAACCAUCCUUUGCAUAUCGCAUCUGGAAGAGUUCUGUAGCACACCUUCGAUGAAAAUGGUUUAUAUUGUUCGAAGCCGUCGAAAUGGAUUGUUUAUAAUAGACAUUAAUUUAAUUGCCACAGGGAGUAAAACCUCGUCGACCGAGUGCUUGUUUUGCUGUACGAGACAUGUAAACAUUCAUUCAUACCUGGUGCCUGGUGGUCCGCGGUGCGUAAUCUAAACAACGCGACGUGCAUAAUCGGCUUCGACUCUGGUGCCAGGCUUCGACUACAGCAAUUACGCAAUCGAAUGCUCCUUUCAUUGCGUCAUCUUACAUACAACCUUUUUUAUUUUUAUUUUGUAAGAGAUUAUACUCUUGUGUUCAUAUAAUAUGGCGGGUUAUCUUUAUAUGUUCUAUUGAAGCAAACUUCUUUAUUUUAUCAUGCUUAACUAACAAUCUUCAUAAGGGUCUAUAUUUGUAUUUCGAAGUUUAAGUUAUUUGAGAGUAAAAUUCGCUUGUUUCUUACCAGUUUAAAGAAGCCAUUUGGAAGGAUUUCUUCGUACCAGAACACAUUGCUAGCUAUCGACUUUCCUUGAUCGCUUCUCAGUAGGCAAGGUCGGAUGUAUCGGCAGCGAUACAUAUAUGCGUCGGUCUGUGAAGCUUAAUGGUGGUUUUGUCUGUUCCGUUUCUUACUCCGAGGGUAUAUAAAACUAACACUAUCAUGCAUCGCGAUGUUUUCCGCAAUGGCGUUUGCAAUGGUCGCGAUCGACAAACCGUUUCUUGAGGACCGGUUUCUUUACGGCACGGUUUCAAAUGAUCGUCCCCCCGGGGGGGUUGAACCUGCUCGAUCUGAGCAUACCCUUUCAGCGAUGAUGUGUGUGUGUGCGUGUGCGGGUGUGCGUUUGAAACCCUCGCAGAACGUAAUGUGCAAUCGAGCAUAAAUGUGUCUUCCCUGUUUAUGUUCAGCAAAUGUCCGGUUCCCCGGUUGAUUGGUCGUCCGGAACCUCCACAAAACUAUGGGAAUGAGAUUGUGUCCACUGUGAACUAAGGGGUUGAUUGUAAAUACAAAAGCACAAAACAAAAAAAAAACGAUCCACAACAAUCGAAUCUCGGGGGUAGGCCAGGCGCUUUGAACUUGAACUGCUAAUGCCGGGAAGUGACGCCUGACAGGGACAAGUCUCCAGUUGUUUAAACUGUUUUGAUACACAUUGGACUGUCCAACAGUUCGUUAGGGUUAUUCUUUCGUGUGGCGUUCGGUUAGUGGUUUCAAUUAAUUGGGUUUUAUUUUCAUUUUUCCCUAUAAAGGCAAUAUGUUUAUUUAGUUGAUAACGCGUUUUAAAUGAUAUUUGUGAAGUUUUGAUAUUGUUUCUUUCAAAAAAAAAAUAUCCGUUUCAUUGUAGUUGCGUGUUCAUCUUUAAUUGGUUUCUCGAUUAGAAUUCGCUUCGCUAAUGUUUUUUUUGUUUCCCCGUUGUGGAACACACCAAAAACAAUGUUAUCCGUUUAUGUGGUUCUCACAAUUAAAAGUAAAUUUUGCUUAAAUUCGGUAACCUCUUCCUGUGAUUAAUAGCCACUGGGUCGUGAAUGUGAAACCUUGGAAAUAAUUUUUGCAUUUAACAAACAUAAAAGAUGAUUUAGUUGUUUUUUUUUUGGGUGGAAAAGUGAUAAAUAAUACUUUUCAAAAUAUAAACAAUCGUUUUCCUUUUUUUUUUUGCUCAGACUGUUAAAUAAAUAUGUUUUUUCUGUUCGCGGGGUCGUACAUCAAAGUUUAUUUUAUGGAUAUAAAAUAAAUUUUUAAUUCACCAUAUUUGCAUCCUCUCGACGCAAUACGCAUGUGAAGGAUAGUUACGUCACGAUCAUUUUGGCUUGUUGUCUUUGUAACAAAACCAAGGCGCCGAAGUGGUAAGGCCUAGCGCGCAUACUUUCUCCAUUGACCCCUCUGGCAUCAAAACCCGUGUCAUCAGACGUACCAGCUUCUGCCUUUUGAAAAUGGCCACGGAACCUGCAUAAUAAUCUACCCGGAUGCAAUAUGACCCUUGCACGAGUUGGGCGCCUUUUCGUUUCAACUCUUGCUCUCAACCACGGGCUAGAGUGGAAUGUUUUAAUCGACAAAGAUGCGUUUUGUGUUUCACUUCGUGCCUUCAGACUGUGGACGAGUUAAAAGAGACAGUUGCGAUGAGCCUCAUCCACCGGUGAAUGAGGUUAUUACACUGGAGGUUAACGUCGUCUCUUUUCGUCGCUGAGUGUGGCUUUUUGUGACACAGCCACAGCAAUCACUUUCCCGUUUUUAUGCAUCGGGCUCGGGAGAUUCGAUCGUGUACCGGCGGCACGGGUACGGCCCAAGAUGUCUGCAAUUUGUCGUACCCUUUUGUCCGGAAAGUGUACUGCGCGAAUGAGCAUUUGAAACCACACCGAGCCGCUAAAGCCCCCCGAGGGCACCGUAUCCGAAGGAAAUGGUGUGUUUUUGUUAGACACAAAGGAAACACGGGGAAAGAGAGACUGCGAGAUGGCGAAGCAAUCGAUGAUCGUCGUCGCCUGUGGGCAAGAUUUUCAUUUCAACUUCCUCUGCCAUCCAUCAUGGUGGCGUUUUUUUCAACAUUUUUCCAAAUCACUGGCAAACGAAAUCACACUAUCGUCGACGAGUUAGGAUUUUCCUGUGGUACAUGUUUGGAGAGAAAGUUGCAUUACCUCCUACCAUCGGCACGGUACUUGUGUUGGAUGUCAUCAUUCAAAGCAAAUCCACCAUCCCAUCCAUAGCCCUCCUUUCCGCGCUGAGUAAAUUGUUUUCCCUUUUUUGGGGAAAAGUGACAAGACGUCUUCCUAGUGUGCAUAACAAACGUGUUGAUAUUUGUACCGUGGUGGAACCUCUUUGGCAAGACUGGCAUCGCACUGACUGUAACUAAAGUUUGUAACUGUUCCCCGUCUGCAUGAACAACUCGUUUCUUGUUGCUGUUACUACUCGCAGUACAUUUGUUCCACCGACUAUCUUUAGCGGAGGUGUAGGUUGUUACGACUUCCAGCCAUAAAACCGUGUAGCCUAUCUUGGACGCGCGCUGACUGAGUGUGCUGCGUGUCCAAUCUUGGUCUCGAGUGCGGUUUCGUUACGUAAACGGAUAUGAAGGCUCAUCAACACCUUCUGCCCGAUCCGCUCGUACAUCGUAUCGCGUGUGUUUAUCGGAACCGCCACUGGAUCGGAAGCGUUUAGUUGCGUACCUGACACUAUUUCACUUUCCAUUUCCAUUAAUUGCCGUUGAUAGAUGGUUAGUGGGAAGGCAAUACGUUUGAGUAGGUAGGUGGACUACUCUCGUUGGUGCAUUAGUCAUGGUGGUGGGUGACGAUAAUGGUAGGUUGUCCGAAUAAUGUGACGUCUACAUAUUCCAUCUGCUAUAUUCCAUAUUCCAGUGCUAGUGCAGUCAGCUGAUUCGAAUGCUUGAUGUAUUUGCCACCACUGGGAGAUAGAGUCGUCUGGAAAUGAGAAUUUUGAGCUAAAAAGAAAAACUGGUUCAAGUUAUCCGAAUUGAGGAAUAUUGGAGAAGUUUGAGGACGAUUUCAUGCUCCAAAACAUUUUCCUUUUUAAUCAUACUUCGAUGUCUAUUUCUGAGGUACUUCCCCAACUACACAGUAAAGCAAAGAGGACUGGCUUGUUAGAAUUAUCUGGCAUAAGUAACAUGACAAACGAUGUAGACGUAUUAGACUUCAAUAGUUCAUGAUGUAAUUACUUAAGUGAUAAUUGCUUAUUGUACUGCAAUUCUAAAUACGUUGAGUUAAUCACGUUACUCCUUAUUCAAAGCACAAUUUUUGGAUGUUUUUGUCUGUGUCGCUCUCUGCGUGAGCUUUUGCUUUUCCCUCGAGUGAUUGAUAACCUUUCGUGAGGGUAUCAUUUUGCACGGACUGAACACGGCCGAAUAGCGUUCCGGGUGUGGUGUGACUAGGUUUAAUUUCAUCAAACUUCAAGACCACUUUCUGUAUCAUUCGGUCGAAUGGUCGAGGAACAUGCACCAUCGAUUUAUAAUCCAAAUUGAAGAAACAAUCGUACACUAGAGGUUGUCUUGCCGUGCAGGUAAACGGAUAGGGUUGCUGGAACGCUGUGUGUGUAUUAAAAACCCCUCGAACUCGUUGAUAAUGUUAGUUGAUGUACAUGAUGCGGUGAGUUUCGAAUGCGGAACUUUUUGGUGCAACUAUAGACAUUUUGAUUUUGACAGCAAGAUGUCAUAAUAUUUCUUAACGUAUCACAACAAAACACACGCUUUAUCUCCGCUCCUGGUAGACGUUUGAGGUUGAAGUGCUCUAGACAUAUCCUCUUGCCAUGCCUAAGCUUAACUACGGUUUCGUGCGACCGGCGUCCGUAAACUUUGUCGGAUGUUUUGGUACUGCUGGGGCAGGUUUAAAAAAAAUACUCUUUUGAUAUGGGUUUUGUUUGAGUACUGCCAUCUUGAAUCGUCUGUGUAACCGUGAGUACUGCACCUAAUAGCAGCUCCGUUACAAACCGUGUACGGAGCAGUAAACUUUGUACCUCACAGUUGCUACAGUCCAAGCACGCACUUGGACAUAUACGUCCAAUGUUUUGCUGGUUCUUAUCAUGCCCGAAAUGGGUAAUGUUUUUACUGUGCACACGACGAUACCACCUAUCAGGUUUCGAAUGCUUCCUGGGUGUGUGUCAAACGGUGAGGGUAUAAAGUGAAAAGCUUUCCCAUACCUGUGGUCAGAGUUCUUUGGUACAGCUUUGACAAUGGACACCAACGUCCGGCUGUUGCUUUCGGUCAAUCUUCUACUGCUGCUGGUGGGUUGUCUGCCCAACCUAGUGACAGCUCGUCAUGCCCAACGUCCAAAAUGUUGUCCACCGAAUGAGGUACUCCUCUGGUGUCCGCCGGUCUGUGAACCAACGUGCGACAAUGACUGUGUACCGACGCCAACCGGCAUCCCGAUGGAGACCUGCGUGUGCAAACCUGGAUUCGUGCGUCAUCAUGGACAUUGCAUCGAAAAGUGCGAAUGUCCGGCACCGUGUUAUUCAACGGAACCACCAACAGAGUGUCCACCACCGAUGACGACAUCGAGACCUUGUGCACCAAGCUUCUACGGUGUGAGCCGCACUGGUGGUGAUGACGUCCCAUCGCCCAGACUACAUUAUCCAUCGAAUGGUUUCCAUUCGUCACGCUCAUUCUCACAAGCCGGUCCGUACUCGAUGAUGUCGCAGUCUCAGAAUCUCUCGUCAUGCUCUAACUAUCUUUACCGUCCGGUGAAACCAUGUCCGCCGAAGCCAGUGCGUACAACGACCAUGUCACCGUUUGAGGUGUGUCCACCGAAUGAGAUACAGGAACGUUCUCCAAUCUGCUGCGAGCCAACGUGCACCAGCGAUUGUGCCGCCGUACUCUGUAAAUCGCAGCCUUCGACUGGUCCGUUGGUUUGCACCUGUGAUACGGGAUUUGUGCGACAUGAGGGUCGUUGUAUUCCACGCGACCAGUGCCCCGUGGAGGAACCGGUUAAAUUUUGUGGCCCUAACGCACGUUACAGUCCUUGUACGCCGUGUUGCCAGCCAACCUGCGACAAUGAUUGUAGCAAGAUCUUCUGUAUAGCGGCAUGUACGGGACCGCCAACCUGUGUCUGUAACGAAGGGUACGUGCUGCACGAGGGACGAUGCAUACUGCCAUCCCAGUGUCCUCGAAAGUGCACACCAGUAUGUCCACCGGGUGCAACCCUAGUACCAUACAGACCUUGUUGCAUUAAUACUUGCACGACGGAUUGUCGAUUAGUACGUUGCGCCCCAACUAAUGACAAAACACCAACCUGUGUGUGCGAUGAUGGACUAGUGAUGCACAACAAUCGUUGUAUUCCGCGUGAGCAUUGCCCAAAACCCAACCAACCUACUUAUGGGUGCUAUAGUGGCAGUCACUCGAAACCGUACUAACGUCUCUGAUGGAUAAUUGAAGAACAUUGUUUUUAAUAAAUUAUAUUUCUAGCAACAAGAUACGCAACCGCUUGAGUGCAUUUUAUGUCUUAACACUGAGAAGAAAUAGUUUGUAAAAAGUUUGCUAUUACUACACAAUAAAAAGUACUUUAAGCUUAAGUUAAGUUAUAUUCUCUCAGGCUCUAUAGCUUCGUGACUAAUUUCUCUGUUUUUUUUUUCUUCCUUCGUUC